AUGGAGGAAAUAAAAAAUAUGUUAAAAGUAAUGCAAGAGGAAAUAAGACAACAAAAAGUCGAUAUGCAGGAUAUGAAGGAGGAUAUUAAAAAUACUAUUAACAGCAAUAUUAACGAGAAGUUUAAAUGUCUAGAAACCAAAAACGAGCUUUUAGAACAGAAACUAGAAACGCAGACAAUAAAAAUAAAUAAUUUGGAGAGGACCAUAAGAAAGAAAAAUCUACUCAUAUUCGGAGUCUCUGAAGACGAAAAGAGCUACUGGGACCUAGAGGAAAAGGUUAUUGAUAUAAUAAAUAACGUAAUAAACAUCAAAUGCGAUAGCAACGGUAUUGAAUGCGUGAGAAGACUUGGAAAAAAGGGAGAAAAAGUCAGACCCAUCGUUAUAACAUUAACCACAAUGGGGCUAAAAAUAAAAAUACAAAAAAACAAAAAGAAACUAAUACCUACACCCUACUAUAUUAAAGAAGAUUUUCCUCCCGAAAUACUAAGCAAGCGAAAGGAACUUCAAAUGGAAGUCAACAAAGAAAGAGAACAAGGUAAAUUAGCGAUUAUUAAAUAUGACAAAAUCGUAAUACUAAAGAACCGAAACCAGCAAGCCGAGAAGCAAAUUAUGGAUAAAAAGAAAAGAGUUUUGUCAGAGUCACCGGAAACAUCGCAAUCCGACUGUGAAAAUAAUAAAGACAAGCAACCUAUAAAGAUCAAUAAAACAAACAGCAUGGAUAACUUCCUGUUAAAAAAAACAACUUUGCAAUUUCCCUCCAAAAAAUUCACUUCGCAUCCUCAUGAUCCAAGAACCACACAAUAA